AUGCUGAAAUGGAUUUGGCUUCAGACCCUCGCAAGCGAGGGCGGCAAGCCGGAAGCGGGAGGGUCUGCCUUUGGAGCGUGCGUCAAGAGCAAUCCGGAAGUUCUAGCUGCUAGCAGCCAGCAUACCAGAACGUAUGUGAUAUACGCCAACAUGGCAAGAGGUGUCGGCCCCAACCGCAGGCGAGAAGCAGCCGAGGAUACGACACCGUCUAUACUCAACACAGAAGAAGGUAAUCAGCGCAAGGACACCUACGACGAGCAGAAACUAGACGUGUGGCGUUGCCCAGCCGUAUGCUGGGGUAUUGUUCCAGGCCACGUUUAUCAGGACCAGACCGGUGACGCCGAGUAUAGAGCCAUGCCAGUCCAUCCCAGGGCGCUGACUCCGACUCAUAUCAUCUGCAAGCAUGUUGACUUCUCGUAUACCGGGAAUUACAAUGACAGCAACACGGGCGAGGAACAAUGCUGCGAUACCAUAGCUGCAGAACAACCAAGGCCUAAAAUAUGUCAGGUCCAAAAACACAUCCCGGCCUUCGCGAUGGAAUUCCGCGCAACACAGCCGCCGUGGACGUGGUGUACGUCAUCUUACAUGGGCGCGCGAGUAUCUAUAUAUCAGCAACUCCAGGGGUGGCACGGACGUGGCACAGGCCAGUCGGAUAUUGGGAUGUAUAUUUCUGGGCUGUAG